AUGAACGAUUCUGAGGCCGCUAUGUCGGGUUCGUUGAAACGAAAAAGAAAAGACGAAAAUGAUCCUACAGAAUUGAGAACAGACAAAACCGAAAACUCCAAUGAUGUACAAACAAAAGCGAAAAACGCUUCUUUAGAAGCAUCAACAAAUGAUAACAACAAGUUUGAGGAUCUUUACCUUGAUACGAUCAAUCGGUCUAUGCUUGAUUUUGAUUUCGACAAGCUGUGCUCUGUUUCUCUUUCAAACUUAAACGUGUAUGCUUGCCUUGUUUGUGGAAAGUAUUACCAGGGUCGAGGACCAAAUUCGUAUGCGUAUGUACAUGCUCUUACAGAGAAUCAUCACGUCUUCGUAAACUGUUCUACGCUUCGUUUUUACAUUCUUCCAGAGUCUUACCAAGUCACGUCUGCCGCUUUGGAUGAUAUUAAGUAUGUAAUGCAACCAACAUACACAAAAGAGCAGGUUUCACAGCUGGAUGUGAAAGAAACAACUAGUUAUGACUUGGACAAAAAACCAUAUUUCCCAGGUUUUAUUGGAAUGAACAAUAUAAAACAAAACGAUUAUCUUAACGUAAUUGUACAAGCUUUGGCUCACGUAAAGCCUUUCCGGAACUACUUUUUGCUGACGGAUUUUUCCUCUUCUCCCUCCAUUGUCCAGCGUUUAGCAACUCUAAUCCGGAAAAUUUGGAACCCGCGAGCUUUCAAGAACCAUGUAUCGCCGCAGGAAUUAACACAGGAGAUUACUGUCUUGUCUCACAAAAAAUAUUCAGUCAAUGAACAACAGGAUCCAAUUGAGUUUCUUACUUGGUUGCUGAGUACGCUUCAUGUGGCAUUAGGAGGAAGCAGGAAAAAAGUAUUUUCAUUGAAACCGACUAGUAUCAUUCAUUACAUUUUCCAAGGUUGUAUACGAAUGGAGUCUCAAAAAAUACAUGCGCAAACUAGGGCGGGUGACCAUAUUGUCUUUGAAGCCGACCGACGCAUUGAGGUGAAUCUGGUACCUUUCUUAUAUCUUACACUUGAUCCACCUCCAAAGCCUCUGUUUCAGGACGAGUUUGAGGGAAACAUCAUUCCUCAAGUCUCCGUGUACGAACUACUAACAAAAUAUAACGGUGUGACAACACAGGAGCUCGCUGGUUUCCGUCGCCGGUUCCACAUCACUCAUGCUCCCUCUUAUAUCAUGUUUCACGUCAAACGCUUCACACGAAACAAUUACUUUCCCGAACACAACCCAACAAUUGUGACUUUCCCACUAGAAGGCCUGGACUUGGCACCAUACAUCGACAAAACAUUCCUAGAAAAGAACCCAAAACUGUCAACGAUUUAUAAUCUUUGUGUUAAUAUUGUACAUGAAAGCAUUUUCCAGGGAGAAAAUGAGUCGCAUGUAUUUAAGGUGCAGGUCAAAAACAAGGCGACCAACAAAUGGUACCAAAUCCAGGAUCUUUAUGUGGAGGAAGUUAGUAGUGAUCUAAUUAACCUUGGAGAGACAUACAUUCAAAUAUGGGAACGACAGACACGGUUGCCGUAA